GAGGCUACGUUACUACGAGCUUCGCGCAUGCGCUGUCGAUCAGAUACUUCAUGUGUUAUACGUCGUGUCCGGUGGAGGUCACACACAUCUGAACAAAACUGAGUGGGAUUGCUGUCAUGGCCAAGCUGUUUGAGUCAAUCGGGAAAUUGGGGCUUGCCCUCGCCAUUGGUGGCGGUGUUGCAAACUCUGCUCUUUUCAAUGUGGAUGCAGGGCACCAGGCUGUGAUCUUUGACAGGUUCAGAGGAGUCCAAGACACUGUUGUUGGAGAAGGUACCCACUUCCUCAUUCCCUGGGUUCAGAAACCUAUCAUCUUUGAUUGUCGCUCCCGUCCACGCAACGUUCCCGUCAUCACAGGCAGCAAAGAUCUGCAGAAUGUUAAUAUCACAUUGCGUAUCCUCUUCCGGCCGUUGACCACCCAGCUGCCACGCAUCUUCACCAGUAUUGGUGAGGACUAUGACGAGAGGGUGCUACCAUCCAUCACCACAGAGGUCUUGAAGUCCGUAGUGGCUCGUUUCGAUGCUGGUGAGCUCAUCACCCAGAGAGAGCUUGUUUCUCGGCAGGUGAGUGAGGACCUGACAGAACGAGCAAACACCUUCGGCCUCAUCUUGGAUGACGUUUCACUGACACACUUGACCUUUGGCAAGGAAUUCACCGAGGCUGUUGAGAUGAAGCAGGUUGCCCAGCAGGAGGCGGAGAGGGCCCGUUUCGUUGUAGAAAAGGCAGAGCAACAGAAGCAGGCGGCCAUCAUCUCCGCAGAGGGAGAUUCCCAGGCUGCCUUGCUCAUCGCCAAUUCUCUGAUGGAUGCUGGUGAUGGUCUGGUAGAGCUACGCAAGCUGGAGGCGGCUGAGGACAUCGCCUUCCAGCUCUCCCGCUCCCGCAACAUCACUUACCUGCCAUCGGGACAGGGCACAUUGCUCCAGUUGCCCCAGUGAUGACAUCUCCUCAUGUCCAGCCCACUCUUGCUGUCGCCAGCCAUUACAAGGGCCAUAGAAGGGGGUUUGAGGAUUCAAUAAAGAACUCUCAACUUCACACACAUUCCUCUUACUCUUUUCUCUGACCACCUCUGGACUGGGCUCUGCAGAUGGCAGAAUGGUGGGAGAGAAAGUGAGAGGUCUGCGAUGGAUACACUUAUAAAAGUCCACUUUUAAGGGAGUGGAGGGUAAUCUAUUGUACUUGUUUUGAAAAAGAUGAUAAAGCAGAUCAUUAAAUGAAGAUUUAUCUGUGCGACAUAAUUUCAGAGCAUUGCAUGAGUGUUUUUAACAUCAAUGAUUGCUUUAAAUAAGAUGAUAAAUUGUGAAGAAUAAAUGCCAUUGCUCUGUUAUAUGUGCUGGAACAAUUCAUUGACAUAACUUCUUUGUUCUGGUUUGCCAGAAGUAUAUAUGGCUUCAUGCAUAUAGUCCAUGCAUAUAGUCAUUGCCCUGUCUAGUUUGUGUGGAGACGUUGUAUGCACCAUACUUCAGAAAUGGCUCUGCUUAAUAAAAUUUUCUUUCUACCUCCCAA